AUGUCAGUCUCAUCUAAUCCAUAUGCUCCAAAUGUUGCUGAUUUAGUCUCAAAUGUGAGAAAUUUUCAAAUUAUUGAAUCUACCCUAAGAGAAGGUGAACAAUUCGCUAAUGCCUUUUUCGAUACUGAAAAGAAAAUUGAGAUCGCAAAAGCAUUGGAUGACUUUGGAGUUGAUUACAUUGAGUUGACGUCUCCCGUUGCAUCCGAGCAAUCAAGAAAGGAUUGUGAAGCCAUUUGUAAAUUGGGAUUAAAGGCAAAAAUUUUGACUCAUAUUCGUUGUCACAUGGACGAUGCCAGAGUUGCCGUCGAGACCGGUGUUGAUGGUGUAGAUGUUGUUAUUGGGACCUCAAAAUUCUUAAGACAAUACUCACAUGGAAAGGACAUGAAUUAUAUCGCUAAGAGUGCCAUCGAGGUGAUUGAAUUUGUUAAAUCCAAGGGCCUGGAGAUUAGAUUCUCCUCCGAAGACUCCUUUAGAUCGGAUAUUGUAGAUCUACUAAAUAUUUACAAAACAGUUGAUCAUAUUGGUGUGGAUAGAGUUGGUAUUGCUGACACUGUUGGGUGUGCAAAUCCAAGACAAGUCUAUGACCUAGUCAGAUCUUUGAAAAAUGUUGUCUCUUGUGACAUUGAAUGUCACUUCCACGAUGACACCGGCUGCGCUAUUGGUAAUGCGUACUCUGCACUUGAAGCCGGUGCUCGAUUAAUUGAUACUUGUGUCCUUGGUAUCGGCGAAAGAAAUGGUAUUGUUUCGUUAGGUGGAUUUAUGGCAAGAAUGAUUGUAUCUGCGCCUGAAUACGUUAAAUCUAAGUAUAAUUUGAAAAAACUGCGUGACCUGGAGACGUUGGUAGCUGAAGCGGUAGAAGUGAAUUUACCAUUCAACAAUCCAAUUACUGGCUUUUGCGCCUUUACCCAUAAAGCCGGUAUUCAUGCCAAGGCAAUCUUGGCGAACCCAUCGACUUACGAAAUUUUAAACCCCGAAGACUUUGGUAUCAGUAGGUAUAUUCAUUUUGCUAACAGACUCACUGGCUGGAAUGCAAUUAAAUCAAGAGUUGAACAGUUGCAACUGAAACUCACCGAUGACGAAAUCAAGGAGGUUACUGGAAAAAUUAAACAGAUGGGUGACAUUAGACCACUUGGUCUUGAUGAUGUGGAUUCCAUCAUCAAAGACUUUCACGCAGAGUUAUGA